UUUACGAUAACGAGUGUAUAUUGAGUUAGCCACUUUACUUCCUGUUGAUUUUACAUAAAGCCAGCUUUAAUUUGAACACACUCACACACUUUGUAUCACGUUGGGGGACGGAGUAACUAGUCGCCAGUGUAUGCUGCAAUGAAUUAUUGUGAACGUGAAGUCCACGCAGCAGAGUCCGUCGCCUACCUCAACAGAGCACUGUUCAGGUUGCAGGAUAUUUGGGAAGAAAUCGGGAUCCCGGAGGAGCAGCGCCUACAGAGGACCAAUGAUGUUCACAAGCACAUUAAAGGUUUGUUGGACCUAAUGAUAGCAGAGGAGGAGGAGCUCAAGAAGAGAUUAUUGAGAGACAUAGAAAGUCAUCUUAAGGAACUUAAACAUUUGUGCAGUGAACUUCAGCUGCCCCCCUUUGAGGAGGAGGAUGGCUGCACCAUGUUGCAGAUGGAGAAGAAUAGCCGCACGCGCCUAGAAGUGAUGAAGGAGCAGAAGAAGAAAAGAGUGGACGAGCUCAAGGGCCUCGUUGGAAAAGACCGUGAGCUGUGUGACAUUAUGUGCACUACCCCAUUUUGCAUCGACCAGGACUCCAUCCCAUCGCUGCCGCAGCUGGAGACCUAUCGUGCCCACCUGGAUGGACAGAUCAAAGAAAAGGAGCGUCGUCACAAUGAAUUUGUGAGUGUCAAGAAGGAGAUCAUCGUGUGCAUGGAGGACCUGGAGCGGCACCCGGAGACCAGCUUUGAGAUGGAUGUGAUGUGUGAGGACGAGGAGGCAUUUUGUCUGUCAAAUGACAACAUUGCUGCACUCAAACUGCUACUCAGUCAGUUACAAGAACGUAAGGCAGAGAAUGAGCUCCGUUGUUCAGCUUUCCGCACUAAGAUCCAGGAGCUGUGGGAAAGACUUCAGAUUCCCCAAGAGGAGCGGGAAGCCCUCUCCGAGCAUAUGGCCCAGUCAAAGAAGAGAAACAUUGAAGCACUCCAGACUGAGGUCCAGCGUCUAGAGGUGCUGAAAAUGCAGAGUAUGAAAAGUGUCAUCGAGGCCAUCAGAGUGGAGAUUGGCCUUCUCUGGGAGAAAUGCUUCUACAGCCAAGAACAACAGCUAGCCUUUGUUGCGUAUCAUGAUGGUGAUUUCACCGAAGAGCUUCUAAACCUGCACGAGGCUGAGGUCAGGACCCUGAAGAAGUAUUACGAGGACCACAGAGAACUCUUUGAGGGAGUCACAAAAUGGCAGGGGAACUGGACCUUGUACUUGGAGCUUGACAAAAAGGCUAAUGACCCCACAAGGUUCAACAAUCGAGGUGGGAACCUUCUGAAAGAAGAGAAGCAAAGAGCCGACCUGCAGAAAAGUUUGCCCAAGCUGGAAAAGACUCUGAAGGCCCAAAUUGAUGUUUGGGAGCAGGAGCAUGGCAAGGAAUUCCUGGUCAAUGGACAGAAGUUUCUUGAGUACGUGCAGCAGCAGUGGACGCACCACCACACCGAAAAGGAGCAAGAGAAACUGGAACGGCAACUAAAGAAAACUAAACAGACACAGGAAGACAUGUUGUAUGGAACCUCGAUGAGAACACCAUCCAAACGGCGGAUAGCAGGGACCCCCACACCUGGAAAAGUCAGAAAGCUCAAUGGCACCUCGACUAUCUCCACUCCAACCAGCUUCCUUAGCUCAGGCCUCGGUGGAACCAUGUGCCAGUCCUCCAUCCAGAAAACACCACUGACUGCCAGCAAGGGUCUUGGCCUGCGAACCGUUGGACAUGGAAAGACUCCCCGUGCACUAGACCGAAACAAGGAAAACAUCUCCCAUCUUAAUAGAAAUACUCCGAGUGGCACACUAAGGUCUCAGGAUACUCAAGAUCACACCAUCACCUUUAACUCUUUUGCUGGCUCCUAUUCGGAAUUUGCGAGAGACCUCUCAAAGGCUUCUAAAUCGACUGUGAAGUCAGGAGUGCUGAACUCCACUGUCAGUCAGUGAUGAGACGAAGCAGCUGCUCCGGUGCCGGACGUCUUCCAGCUCAGCGGUAGUUUAGUGUAGUUUUCACAUAGUGGACAAGAGGGAACUUUAUUCUAAACUUCUUUUUUAAAAAAUGUAAAUAUUUUAAUCUGUCUCUCUUCAGCAAUCCUGUUUUCCUAAGACUUUAUUUCAGGGUUACUGAGCAGAGAGCAGCUUUCUCUGCUGUAUGUAUUUUGUGGCAAGUUAAUGAUGUUUGUACCAAGGCUGUCGUGGCUUUUUAUUUGACUUUUUUUUUGUGGGGUUAUAGUCUUUUUGUUUUUAAACAAAAUGUUAUUUACACAUGUAGAGCACUACAUUGUUUUAGUACUGCAGCAGGUAUAGAGUCUCCAGCUGGAAUGACAGCUACAUUUGCUUUUUAUAAAUCAACCUGUAAAUAAACAUUUAAAAAAAACGUU